AUGGUGGAACAAGAUGAUGGUUUGGUUGGAGAAAGAUGUACCUUUGUGGUGACAAAAAUUCCUAUAAAUCAACAUUUCGUCGAUACAGUGAUACGGGAGGUGGGAGAGGGGAGCGAGCUGUUGUUUGUAUAUUACAAACUCCAGGGUUAUGUAAAUGGUGAAACCUUCACAGAUGCUCAGAUGGGCAGCGGGGGCCCACCUGUUAAUAGUAAAGGAAUAAUGGAAGACGAUGAUGAUGAUGUCAAGCUUAACGAAGAAAUAGAAGCUGAAUUGGAUAAAAUAAGCAUUUCUUCCUUGGAAAAAGAUAUUGACAGUGACUCAAUCUCAGAAAUCCACAGCAAUGAUAGUAACUCAGAUUUCGAUGAAUUACCCGAGUCAGUUCUUCACUGUAUUAAUGCCAUAAAGAAUAAGAGUAAAAGUGUUGAAGAGCUCAUUCUUCAGGACAUAGAAGAUGCUGAUGGCUUAAGCUAUAAUUAUGGGACAGCUUCUAAUGACCAUAUGUGCUUAAGGAUAGAUUUAUCAACCAAAAACAAAGAAAAUCCAGAGCUGUUAAUGAAGAUGCUAGCUGAAAUAGAAAAAGAAGAAUUUCUGAGAAGUGAAACCCACUGUUAUAGUCAUGAUUCUGUUCCAGAGCCUGGUCCUCAUGACUUGUCUGUGGAUGAAGAUGCUUUACCAGAUGACACUGAUAUAAAUUUUGGAUACUAUGAAGUAGAAGAAAGAUGUAGACAGUCUUUUGAGGCUUGGCAAGACAAGCAGAAAGAACUAGAAGAGCAGGAGAAAGAAAGUCUAAAAGCUCAGAGGGAUAGAGAAGAAAAACAGUUUCAAGAAGAAGAGGACAAGAGAUACUGCUGGAUGAAGCAAUUUGAAAUUGAAAAGAAGAAGUUAGAGAAUAUGCAGAAGAAGGAACAGGACAAGAUGAAUGAUGAACUCCAUAAAGAAGAGAAAAUGUGGGAAGAGAAAUUUAAGGAACAUGAGGAAUUUAUUAGGAAAUUACAUUUACAAAUGGAAGAGGAAAGAACAAGAUUUAAAGACCUUCAGGAAAAAGAAAAGAUGCAUCUGUUAAAACUGAGGCAUAAAGCAGCUGUGAAAAUCCAAGCUAAAUAUAAAGCCUUUAUUCUUCACAAAAAAUAUGGCCCAAUCAUAAAGGAACAAGUAGAAAGGAAGGAAAGGAAAGCACUAGAGUGGAAGGAAAAGGAAGCAAAAAUACGACAGAUAGAAGGAGAGAAACAAAAAAGAUUAGAGGAACAGCAAAGAGUGGAAGAAGAGAGGAAGAAGAAGAGACAGGAGGAAAGGAAAAGAAGAGAAAGAGAAUAUGAGGAAAAGAAGAACAUCCUCAGAGAAGAAAAAGAGAGGUUAAAAUUCAGAGAAGAUGUAAGCAAACAACCAGCACCGAGUAGAACAUUCAAGCAGGGAGAAUGUAAUGCUAAACAUUUAACGGCUGAAGAUACAGCAAAGAAAAAAGAUCAUAUAGCCACAAAACUAGGGGACGAGAAGUCAAGGAAGUGGGAACAUGUACCUCUCUGGCUAACUGAAGCAUCAAAAAAGAGAGAGAAUAUUUGUAGACAACUUAUUUUGAAAGAAUCAAUACAAGUGAAACCAAGAGACUAUCUAUCAAACCAAGCCACUUUGGCUAACUGGAAAAUGGACGAAAAAAACGAAAACCUAGUUGAACAGGAAGCAGAAACACUGGCCGACCAAGCAACAGCACAGGAAAAUACAGACAAAGAAAGUGAAUUGGAAAAAGCCAAUCUGAAAGAAAAUAUGACAGAGUGGUUUCAGCUACAAGACCCAGAGUCAAAAAUGAAAGAGGAAGAAACCAUGGAGACUGCUCUGAGAAACAAUGUGAAGCAGGAAACCCAGGGAAUCGCCAUGUUAGGAUAUAGCCAGGAAAUUAAUACAAUGAAAAGUAGUGAAGGACAGGAAGUCCUCAAAGACCGCCAACAGACCAAGAUUCAAAAUACAGAAAAGGAAGAGGCAUCCGAACAGAAUGAAAUGUCACAUGAAGAAAAUAUUCCAGUGAUUGCCACGAAACAAAACCUUCUGCCCCCAAAGUUAGAAAAAUGUGACAAUAUGGAGGAAAAUACAGUAGUAGAAGAAAAAGAAAUUGACUUAACACCCGAGGAAACUCAGGAGAACUCAAAAGACAGUGUUCAGAAUGAUGACGUGAUUUCAAAUAUCACUGAUGCCAGGAUAAACUUAGGUAGAGAAAUAAACAAUCAAGGCUGUAUUUUAGGGAGAGAUGCUCUUUGUGAAGAUGUAAGUUGCAGUAAUGUAAAAAAAUCUUUGGUUUUUUCAGAAGUAAAAUCUCUCAUAUCUGAGAAUAAAGAAAUCCCAGAAGAAUGUUGUGAAGAUACAGUUGGAUGUGUAAGCAUUGUGACUCCCACUUUGCCAAAAUCAACUCUUCUAUCUUGUAUUGAAGAAAAGAGACUAGCUUGGAUUAAAUCACUUAAACCCUGGUUUGAAAUCUUUAAGCAAAGUCAACAAAGGACUAUUGUUAAGAGAAAGAGAGCUGUAAAAUGCCCUGUUAACAGGAUGCCCCCUUUGAAUACAUUAGAAAUUCUUCAGUGUGGCCCUUGGAAUACUUUACAGCAGGUCACAACAAUUACAUUUCAAGAUUUGCCAGGUUGUAAUCUCUCCACACUGACUGAGUGUAUGAAUCUUCAAUUUCUAUCUCUUCGACACUGUGGACUCACUGACUUAUGCAGCCUGAGUAGCUGCAAAAAAUUGAAAUAUAUUGAUGCACAGGAAAACCAUAUUGAGGCUAUCAACUGUGAAAAUUUGGAAAAUCUCUGUGUUGUUCUUCUCAAUAAAAAUCAACUCACUUCUUUUCAUGGUCUGGAUGGCUGCAGUAAUAUCCAAAAUCUUGAGGUUUCACAUAAUAAAAUCACUCGAAUUGGUGGUUUAGAGUCUUUGAAAAAUCUUCAGCAACUUGUUGUGGAUCACAAUCAAUUAAUUAGUACAAAGGGUCUUUGUGAUACUCCUACCAUUAUCUACCUUGAUUGUUCAUAUAACAACCUUACUGAAGUAGAGGGCAUCGAAAGUUGUGGUUUGCUCCAGAUACUGAAGCUCCAGGGAAAUUAUCUAAGCGAGCUUCCAUCCUUGGAAAAUCAUGUUCUAUUAAGAGAAUUGCACUUGGAUGAUAACAGCAUUUCAACUGUGGGAGCGUUUUCCUCGUGUUGGCUUCCGUUACUGCAAAACCUCACUCUGUCUCAAAACAGUUUGACAAAAAUUAUACCACUUUUUCAUUUUAUUUCUUUGGAAAAACUAGAUGUCAGCAACAACUGUCUUUCUGAUCUUACAAGUGCAAUGAGGUGGUUUGAUGCAUGUUACUCUCUUCGUGAAUUGUUUCUCACAGGAAACCCACUCCUUCAGGAAAUAAACUGGAGGAGUUCUCUACUUAAACUCUUACCUGCUCUAAGGAUACUCGAUGAUGAAAUACUAAAUUCUCAUUCAGAAAGCUACACUGAUGACUGCUAUCAUCCAGAAUUGGAAUAUUUUAUGGUACUUUGUCAGUCCCAGAUUAGAAAAUUCAACUUAUUAUUGGAAAACUAUAUUACUGGAAAUGGAAAUACAUUCACCUUAGAUGCUGCAGAGAAUCUCUGCCUUUAUUUUAAGAAAUUGAUGGCACUUAGUAAGGAAUGUCGACAGGCACAUGAAUUUGGAGAUGUAAGUCUGGACAAGAGAGAUGAAUCAGAAUCUCGGCAAAAUCAUUUGGCCUCUACCAGUAGUGAUGGAUCACUGCAAACAAGAGAGUUACACUCUUGUACAACUGAAUAUAACCCAUGCUCACCGGCUAUUUCUGAGAAUUGGAGGGACUCUGACUCUCCUGACUCCCCAUUAAUCAACUCCUCUUCAUGUGAAACAAAUAAAGGAGGAAAUCAAGAAAAUAUAGAGCAGAAGACAGAAGAGAGCUCCAAGACCAACAGUAUUCCCACCAAAUGCUUUCCAUGCACGGAAACUGUAAUGCCAAGGUCUCUGCUGAGGAAUUACCAAAGUAUUGAACAUCGUGAAAAGAUCAAGGCAGCUGUGGUAAUCCAGGAGCACUGGCGUAAUUAUACUGAAUGCAAACAGAUUUGUUUCUCUGCAAAACCACACACGGCUCCCACAGAACUCACAUCCUGGCCAAAUUCCUACAUCAAGAAUCAAGCUAUUUUAAAGGAAGAAGAAAGAGAACAUGUUGUGACUCUCCAAGAACAGAGAGAAAAUGCCGCUAUUCUUAUUCAGGCAGUUUGGAAAGGCUUUGUUUUGCGAAAGAAACUGGCAGCUGCUCUAGAGGCUAUUAAGAAUGUAGAAUCUGAAGAAGAAUAUGAAGAUAUAGACUUAGAGGAUUUUACAUUUGAUGAAGCUGCCUUGGAGAAAGAAUGGCUAGCUUCAGAUUCCACCCGCUUCCCUUCACAAACACUGCCUCUCCCAAACCAGCUGCACUGGCCAAAGUUCCCUGGAACCUUAAAAUGUGACGAUACUUCACUUAAUUUACCAAGUCAUCCAACUCAAGCAUGGCUAUGUAAUGAGAAAGAAAACUUAUUUUCAUCUGAACAAACAUAUAGCAGAUCAGAAAGUAGUACUUUGUCCUGGGUACCUGAAUCAAAAACCAGUAGAAAGAAUGUGCUAAUAUCUGAAAAAGAAGGGAAAAUUUCAGAAGAAUGGGGGUUCAAGGAUGUUUCUACUGCUCAGCAGAUGCUGAAGAGAGCACAGAAAAUGAAGUCAAAGAAAUUAAGGAAAAACUUGGAUCCUACUAUGAGACUAGCAUUAUUCAAGAGCAAUGAAAAUAAAGUUUCUGUGGCAAAGUCUCCUAAGAAGACACAGUCCAGGAGAGAUGGUUACUUUGAAGUGACCCCCUGGAACCUGGAUCUUGGCCUGAAUUUAGAAACCCCUGCUGAUAGCCUUGCUUCCAGGAUGGGUAAAGAAGAAGACUUUAUCUACAAGGACAUCACUGAAAAUGAAAAAUUAGAAAAGAGUAAGGAAUAUACAUACCGAUGGCUCCAUACACAGGUUAGAGUUCAUGAAGCAACUAGUUCCAGAAAUAUGAAAGGCAAUCACUUCUUGCCUGAAUUAGAUCCAGAGGUACGCAAUGGUGGAAGAGUUCAGCUUGUGGCAAGACUUGUAAGCAGAGAAGACACGGAUUUAGACCUUUUUUCCAUGACCAGUGGAAGUGCUUUGUCUGUGAAGAGAGAGAAAAAAAGUCAGGCACACAGACACUCAGCGGGAUCUUCAAGUUUUUCAGUUAAGGGAAUACUUGCACCAAUGAUAUCAAACACAAGACCUUCUAAGAAAGAACGUAUAUCAUUUCGUGACAAUCCUGUUCAACUCAGUGGUGGAUGGGGAAGUGGCAAAAAGAAGGUGAAAACUUCAAAGUAAUCCUGCAAGAGUCAACAUGCAAACUACAUGAAAAAAGUGGUUUAUUUUCAAGAGCUUUGUGGAUAUCUGGCACAUUACCAACUGUAUAUAAAGUUUAAGAGUACUAGUUUUAAUUUAUAUUUUUAUGCAGACUCCAGAAUUCUAUUUCCUAAUGGACUUUUCGAAUCCUUUCUGUAUAGUGCUGCAACUGUUGCUGUGUUCACAUGGGUUGUCCUCCAGAAAGUUAAUUCUACAAAUAGUGUAAUGAACUUUGCCUGUCUAGUUUAUUUUUUGUUUAAAAUUUUCACUAUACAUGUAUUAAAGACUUUUUGCUAUCAAUAAUAAAUUGUAAUAGCAUACACAUUAGAUAACAUAACUACUACAUCUU